AUUAGUCUACUGUCAAACUCUUGAGAAACGUAUUCAUUUGCAGCUUGUGAUUGUUUACUGCUGAAGUAAUGUGGGAUGAACCGGAGCAAAGGACGACCGCCUUUGUGUGGCAGAAAAAACUCGAGAAGCAAGGGUUGAAGAACCUUUCCCGGAAAGAGCUGGAAUUGCUGAAUCGUAAAAAGCAGCAGGAAAAUGUAAUCGAACUGGAGAAACUGAAAAAGCGACGUCAGGAACGGGAGCACCAACAACAGCAGCGGGAGGAUGAUAUGUACCUGAUGCAGCGCUCAAAAGAAGCUGCUCAGUUUGAUGAAUGGCAGCGGCAGGAGGAAAAUUUUCACCUGGAGCAAGCGAAGCUGAGAAGCAAGAUACGCAUUCAGGAUGGGCGGGCGAAGCCGAUUGAUUUGCUAGCGCAGUACAUAUCUGAGCAAAAUCUAGAAGAAUCGAUCGAGAUGCAGAUGCACGAACCAUACACGUACCUGAACGGGUUAGGUUUGGACGAUUUGGAGGACUUGCUGGCAGAUAUUAAAGUCUAUAACGAUUUAGAGAAGAGUCAGAAUGCAGACUACUGGUGUGACUUGACGAUUAUUGUAGAAGAUGAGCUGCAAAAGUUGCGUAAGGUUGAAGCCGAAAAGCACCGAAUGGCUACAGGGCGACGUGAGGGUAUUCACCAAAGCGUAGCUAAAGAUGUGACGCAGAUUUUUAAAGGUAAGAGUUCAUCGCAGUUGGAGGAACUCAAGAAGAAAAUUGAGGAUAAAAUAAAUAGCCAACAGGAUGGUUUAGAUAUUGGAUACUGGGAAAGUUUACUUUCUCAAUUGAAGGCUCACAUGGCAAGAGCACGACUAAGAGAUCGCCACCAGGAGAAUUUGAGAAACAAGUUGGAAAUGCUGAAACAAGAGCAAGAGUUGAAUGUUAAAAAAGAAGAAGACAUUGAUCCAGAGGCUGGACCCAGUAGAGCAGGUCCAGCCGAAUCUACAAAAAUAGAACCGACAGACGAAGACUCCCAAGACAGUAGUAGUCAAUCUGGUGCCGAGCAAGCGAAGGAUGAGGAGAAUGUCGAGAACGAUCUUCUAAAUGAGUGCUUUGAGCUUUAUAAAAAAGGAGGCUACGAACCAAAGUACAUUUCGGAAAAAGAUCUAGAAUCUGGAAUUGUUAUUAUUUCGGAAGAGAAAGACGAAGAGGACGUGGAUCUUUUGCGACAGAAAGUACUUGGAAUUAAUCAAGAAGAUGAAACGUUUUCCAAAGACGAAAUAAUAUUGCGAAAAGAGGCAAAACGAGGCAUGAAUGAGGACGAAGCUGAAUUUUCCGUGGAAUCUCGGGUAGACAAUCAAAUUUAUCUCUGGUCGGAUAAAUAUCGUCCAAGAAAACCACGCUAUUUCAAUCGGGUUCAUACGGGCUUUGAGUGGAACAAAUACAACCAGACUCACUACGAUAUGGACAAUCCUCCGCCAAAAAUAGUCCAAGGCUACAAGUUCAAUAUUUUCUAUCCUGAUUUGAUCAACAAAAACACCACGCCGCAGUAUUUCCUGACGCCUUGUUCGGACAAUCCGGACUUUGCGACGCUGCGUUUCCACGCCGGUCCACCGUACGAAGACAUCGCAUUCAAAAUCGUUAACCGCGAGUGGGAGUUUAGCUACAAACGAGGAUUCCGCUGUCAGUUUCACAAUAACAUAUUUCAGCUUUGGUUCCAUUUCAAACGGUACCGCUACAGGCGGUAGAGUUAUUUUUUACCAUAUUACGAUAAGUCCACAAUUGUGGAGUUUAUAUUCAGAUUUAAAGUUACUAGAAUGCGCUGAUAAACGUAAUG